AUGCACAAGCAGGGCAAGACACGUUCUAAGACCGGUAGGGAUCCACACGCCGCUUAUCCCCUUAACUCAGCCCUUGAGAUUGUGCGUAUCGAAGCGAUAUGGCCAGGGUGUCGGACAUGUCGCAUCCGUAAGGUGAAAUGCGACGAGGAGAAACAUCCUGUCGAAGGCCAGGAGCCCCAUUGCCGACGAUGUACGGCAGCAGGCAUCAAAUGCGAGUGGAAGGGCGGCCCGAUUCCGCGAAAAACCUCGUCCUCCUCUUCAUCUCUCUCGACUUCGAGAAAAGCCCCCGAGCAAUUACCCACCCGCAAUGCUGGCCAAUCCAACAAGGCUGGCGCUAAGCGACUCCCGGCUCAACAACCUGUCAGCCCCUGCCAAGCGCCAUUGAUACCAUCUCAUAGGAUUGGAAAUGGGAACCCCAAUCGCGGUCUACAAGCCGCCAACUCCUUAACGCUAUCUGCCUUUGAUCGUGAUUGUCUUAGUUACCUCCAAAAUUCGACACUAGUCAUUAUUCUUGGCAAGCAUUGGCCAUGGUCUACGAUCUCAUAUGCAUACCACCGAAUCGCUGUCAACGAGCCUAUGGUAAUGAGCAUGAUCCUGGCGAGUACGGCAAGAGAGAUACAUCGAUCACGACUCUACGAUCAGGAAGCGCUUUCUAUCAGCAGUCUGAAUUCGGGCUCCACUGCUAACAAUGAGUCCUGUGAACUUGAUGGGCGAAUGCAUUAUGGUCGAGCAUUAUCGAGCCUCCGCCAAGCCCUCAAGUCUGGCGUUAAGUCACCGCAGAAAGUCGAGGCCAUUUUUAUCACGCUCUGGUUGAUGAUCGAUUACGAAAAUCGAUUCGGAAGCGGUGCUGCAGCCAUCAACAUUCACAUUCGGGGAAUUGAGAGCCUUCUUCACAACCAUGUAGUUCCAUUUCUCCGGGGGCACGCUCAUCAGCACCAUGAGCAUGCAGGGUCCCAACAGACAUCACCCCCUGCCAUCACAUUCAGCCUUGAGAAUUCUCCUCGCCGUCCACUAGCGAAUCCCAUAUCACCAGCCACCAGUGACCAGACUACUGAAGUAGGCUCUGGUCCUCUUGUGUCACAGUCUAGUCCUGUCGAGGGACUCGGCCGUACCUCGGUUCCUCUAUUUCUGCUCUGGACUUUAUACUUUUUUACUCCAGCAGCGUUAUUCUUUGGACCUACCACAGGACGAUUGGACUCUGAUAUUUUCCACUUCUUCCUUGGUGGACACACCGAUGAAACCAUUCCUCUUACACUGUCAGAACUAUAUCGAAUUAGUAGGCAAUCGCCUGCUCGGUUCUGGGGUGAGACAUAUCCAAUGUCAGCCCAGAUGGACGACAUGGAGAAUCUUCCGGCGUUGACUCUUUACCAUCGAAGUCACGUCAUUCAAUUCAAAAUCACUGAACAAUUCAAGCGAGGUACACCUACUGAGACAACAGUGGACGAGAUAUCGCCCUACCAAAAGAUCAUCCAUGAGAUCAAUAUUAUCGCGCUUCAGGAGUACGAUACCGUCCUUACGGCCGUCAGAACUUCUCAAUCCUGCGAUAUUGGCGCAGGCCGCCGAGUGUUGGAGACAAGUCACUGGGCUGCCAUAACAUUCUACAGCACCAUCGUCUUCUUCCACCUCUGCUUCCAAGAUAUUAUCAACAAGCAUCCGGGAACUCAGGUUCACAGCAAACUGAUGCCCCUUUCCUCUGCAGUUUCGCUGGUUCUCGAGUUAAGCUUGAAACUUCACCGGUCCAGGCCGCAUCUGAUAGUUCGCAUUACAUGGCCUCUAUUCCUAGCUGGAAUUGCAACGUCAGACCGGAUAUAUCAAGAUUGGGUGUCAAUCAGGCUGAAAGAACUUGGUCGUUUUGGACAAAACUAUACGCGAAUCGGCCGCCGAUUCGAUGAGAUUAUUCAGGGCGGGCACCCGCAUGUCUCUGAAAAGGAUCUCCAUUUCCUAGCGAAUUCUGAAUAA